AGGCCUGCACCCGGCGCCGCAAGCCCAGCCGGCCCGACUCAGAGCAGCACCGGAGCCGGCCGGGCAGCAGUGGGCGCUCGCGAUCCUCCUCUGCCCUACGCGCUCUCCCGAGGGCCCGGCCUCCUCCGUCCCCUCCUCCUGCUCCUGCUCCUCCUCCUGCUCCUCCCCUCCGCGGGACUGAGCGCCAGAGCCUCCCUCCUGCAAAGUCCCCGGCGCGCGGGCAGCCGCCAGCCGCCGCCACUGCCGGGUCUCCGUGAGUGCCCGCAUCCCCUGCCUCGCCUGCCUGUCCCGAGGCGCCCCGAAGCUUGCUCCGCUGGCCGCCGGUACUCCGCGGCGCUGCCCAUGGCUCAGCCCGAGAGCCGACUUCGGGCGCCGGACCGGCUCGACCGCGGCGCUGCUCAGUAACUGGCGGCCCUCGACACCCAUGUGCCACUGAUCAGGAAGCAGUCCCCGCGGCAGCACUUCAUGACCCAACGGCGCCAGGCCCAGUAAAGCCACCAUGGUGUCCAGCACGGCCGCGCUGCUCCUGGGCGCGGUGCUGCUGGUGGCCGAGCUCCAGCUAGUGCCUUCCCGCCCCCCGCGCGGGGCCGAGCCGGGCCAGCCGGAGCUCGCGCGCAGAGCGGCCACCCUCCAGGGCCAGGGCCGGGAAGGCGCGGCCCCCAACGGCUCGGCCCAGCAGCUGCCGCAGACCAUCAUCAUCGGAGUGCGCAAGGGCGGCACGCGCGCGCUGCUGGAGAUGCUCAGCCUGCACCCCGACGUGGCGGCUGCCGAGAACGAGGUCCACUUCUUCGACUGGGAGGAGCACUACAGCCAAGGCCUGGGCUGGUACCUGGGCCAGAUGCCCUUCUCGUCGCCGCACCAGCUCACGGUGGAGAAGACCCCCGCGUACUUCACGUCGCCCAAAGUGCCUGAGCGCGUCCACAGCAUGAACCCGGGCAUCCGGCUGCUGCUCAUCCUGCGGGACCCGUCCGAGCGCGUGCUGUCCGACUACACCCAAGUGUUCUACAACCACGUGCAGAAGCGCAAGCCCUACCCGUCCAUCGAGGAGUUCCUGGUGCGCGACGGCCGGCUCAACGUGGGCUACAAGGCGCUCAACCGCAGCCUCUACCACGUGCACUUGCAGAACUGGCUGCGCUUCUUCCCGCUGCGCCGCAUCCACAUCGUCGACGGCGACCGCCUCAUCAGGGACCCUUUCCCCGAGAUCCAGAAGGUCGAACGGUUCCUGAAGCUGUCGCCGCAGAUCAACGCCUCGAACUUCUACUUUAACAAAACCAAGGGCUUUUACUGCCUGCGGGACGGCGGCCGGGACCGCUGCUUGCACGAGUCCAAAGGCCGGGCGCACCCCCAAGUCGACCCCAGACUCCUCAAUAAACUGCACGAAUAUUUUCACGAGCCAAAUAAGAAAUUCUUUGAGCUCGUGGGCAGGACAUUUGACUGGCACUGAUUUGCAAUAAGCUAGGCUCGGAACCUUUCCUAUUGUAAGUUCUGGUGUACAUCUGGGGGAGGAAAAAAAAGAGAAUUUUAAAAGGGCAUUUAAGCUAUAAUUUAUUUGUAAAAUCCAUAAAUUACUUCUGUACAGUAUUAGAUUCACAAUUGCCAUAUAUACUAGUUAUAUUUUUCUACUUGGUAAAUUGAGGGCAUUUUGUAUUGUUUUUCAUGGUUGUUAACAUUGUGUAAUAUGUCUCUAUAUGAAGGAACUAAAAUAUUUCACUGCAAAAAAGAAAAAAGAAAAAAAAAAGUCCCGCAGACCCUGUCGUUUUUGCAUAUAAUCAACUUGCCCCCGACUCAAAAUAGCUGUCUGUGUUAUACUCAUUGCAAAAUCUAUAUUCCACUGUUACCUUAAAAAGAAAUGUUUUUCAUGGCUAUUAUGCUUCUCUCUUGCCCUCUCCUUUCUUCAUUGUUCAUUUUAAUUUUUAAGGUCUCUCUGUGGUCAUCAGAUUUAUUUUUUACUUGCAUUGUGAGAUUUGUCUUCACUGAGAUCCCCUCUUAUUCUGGAGGUAGAAGGUCCAUCCAUUCCUGACUUCAGCGGGUCCCUGAGCGUGGAUGUUAAAACCCCCAGUAAACUCAGAGUGGACAAAGCAAUACUCAGACUGGAGAAGUAGUUUAUACCAGCGAGAAGCUCCCUUGUCACACAUCUUUGCCUCGAAGAGUGCUUGCACACAUUUCUGAUCUCAGCAACGGGCAAAACCUACAAUAAAGGGGGUGAAACCACUGGCCUUCAGAAUGGUCUCGGGGCUGUGUACUUUGCCCGAGGUGGCAACGGGUCUCUGGAAACCCACUUAGAAAAGAGAAGUUGCAAACUGUGUGUGUUCCCAUGGUGUAGAUUUUUGUGGAAAGCCGACUCAUGGUGUAGACAGACUUUUGCUUAGUCUCUUUAUCUAUUUCCUGCAAGAUCGAUAUGCAUUUAUAGACACAUAUUCCGUAUGCACUGAGACAUAAAUAUGUGUGUGUUUUAAAAUCAACUCUGAAUGUGUAGUCCUGAAAUGGCAAGGAAAUUUAAACUCCCAGGGGUCAGAACUGCAAAGAGAAAAGCACAACGUGGAGGGAGAGCCUCAGGCAGCCGAGGCCUGCACCUAGGGGAGAGAGGCCUGAUUUCAGUUUCACUUCCACUCCUUGUUGGAGGUAGCCAUGCAGGCCCCCUGAGUCUUGGUUUUCUCAGGCAUUCUUUCUCACUCAGCCUUUUACAGCAUUAAAUACACUGGAUGUGUUUUCUUAUCAUGAAAACAAAACAUAAUCAUUUUGUAAAACAAACAAAAUACAAAGAAGCAAAAUAAACCUGUUUCCUGACAGAGUUUAUAUUUAAGGCAGAGGAGUGAAAUGGACAUUAUAUAUAAGAACUCAUUGAAAAUGCCCCCAAACAACCCCAGGAAGUACAAAUUAUUAUGGCGAGUUCAAGGAGGAAGAAAUAGGCACCGGGAAGAUAAGGAACUUGCCAAGCUCACACUGACUUCUUGCCAAGGCUCGGAGCCCACUCAGAGCCAAAGCAGAGAUUGUGGUGUUAUGGUUUGAUCCUACCCUACUUUUUCUGAACUCAAAAGGAAAGGCCCAGGCUCAGAGACAGUUCUUCCUGACUUAACCUGACAGAUUCCCUCCCAAAUGUCUUCCACCUAGAGGUGUGCCUGAGCCGAAGGAGAGGGGCAAGUCAGGGCCUGUGAUUUUCUCCGAGGUGCUAUCAGGGAAGUGAGUCACCUUGGUCAGAGGCGGCAGCUCUAGCCUGGCUUGACCUUGGCAUGGCCCAGGCCCCACCCCUGACCAUGCAAAGACAGCAGGAAGAACGCCUCCCACCUCCAAACACAUUAAGGUUGAAUUACACAACCAACUCCCCAGAGGGUGUGGCCAAAAUAGUUAUAGCAGGCUUCCCGUUGACAUGGCACUUUGCAAUCUGGAGACUGCUCUCUGCACACACCGUGGAUCUUGCUUCAUCACACUCAUUAAGAGCUGAAGAGAGGAGAGGCCCAGAGAGGUUAAAGUGAGUUUCCAGGAUUGCCCAGGAAUUUGGAGCAGAGACUCCAAUGGGAGACUCCUGACUUUCCAAAGAAUAUUUCUUUGCAAAAUACCCAGGGAUGCCUG